AUGCAUGAGAGUAAAAUUGCAAUAGAAAAUAAUGAAAAUAUCAAGACACAAUUGACUGUUGAUGCAAUCAAAUAUCGGAAUUUACAGUUAGAAGACAUGUCAACAUCUCCUUCACUUAAACGCUCGAAUUAUAUUGAAUGUUAUGCAAAUUUGGUCCAACUACAAUCUGCGAUCGGACUUAUCAUCGAAGCCGAAGAGAAACCAAACUAUUAUUCAAGUGCAUUGGUUUAUAACAAAAUAUCAAAGUUGUUUAUUGAACAAAAGGACGAUUAUAAUAUUGGACUUUAUUAUAAACAGAAAGAACUUGCAUUUCAAAUGAAACAUGAAGACUCAAUUGCAACUAAAACUGAACUUGGUAUCGAUUGUUCCAAUAAAGAUUUGGCUGAAAUCCAUGAAUCACUGGGAGACAUAUACGUCCAUUUAGGCCAAUAUGGGCUGGCGCAGAGAAAUACGUUUUCGUUUUUAUUUAUUUUNCCUUCACUUAAACGCUCGAAUUAUAUUGAAUGUUAUGUAAAUUUGGCCCAACUACAAUCUGUGAUCGGACUUAUCACCGAAGCUCGAAUGAACUAUGAACAAGAAGUUGAGAUGUAUUUACAGGAAGAGAAGCCAAAAUAUUAUUCAAGUGCAUUGGUUUAUAACAAAAUAUCAAAGUUGUUUAUUGAACAAAAGGACGAUUAUAAUAUUGGACUUUAUUAUAAACAGAAAGAACUUGAAUUUCGAAUAAAACAUGACGACUCAAUUGCCACUAAAACUGAACUUGGUAUCGAUUAUUCUAAUAAAGAUUUGGCUGAAAUUCAUGAAUCACUGGGGGAUAUAUACGUUCAGUUAGGCCAAUAUGGGUUGGCACGUGAGAAUUUCAAUGUCUCAAAACAAUUUUACGAAAAUACCCAUUGCUAUGACAAAGAAAAAAGAAUUCAAACUGUUACGGAUAAAUUAACAAGUAUACAACAAUGUUGA